AUGCAGCCAGGAGAAGCCGUGAAGCGGAUCAACGCGUGGGCGGCGGCGGCGACGAACGACCUCAUCGACUCGAUCCUCGCCGACGGGCAAGUGUCCGCCGAGACCGACGUCGUCGUCGCCAACGCCGUCUACUUCAAGGGCAGGUGGCACGUGCCCUUCCGCGAGGAGAACACCGCUGGACGACAACAGUACAUCGCCUGCCACAGAGGGUUUAAGGUGCUCAAGCUCCGGUACAAGGAAGGACGCAAGCGGCCUUCGCCCUUCUCGAUGUGCAUCUUCCUCCCGGACGCCCGUGACGGGCUCCAUGCCCUUGUUGAGAUGAUGGCGUCGUGCCCGGAGUUCAUCGGCUCACACCUUCCGACGAGCCUUGUCCCGGUCGGCAAGCUCAGGCUGCCCAGAUUCAAGCUGGCCUUCUCGGCAGACAUGUCGGGCAUUCUCCGGGAGUUGGGACUCGAGGUGGCGUUCGACGAAAACGAAGCAGACCUGUCCGACAUGGUGGAGGACGACGGCACCGGCAGGCCGUUGGGUCUGAGCGGGAUCAUCCACAAGGCGGUCAUCGAGGUGAACGAGGACGGAACCAAGGCCGCAGCCGUCACCGCGUCUAUGAUGGUUGGCAAAAGCGCGCCCAAGCAACCGCGGCCGGUUCCUGUGGAUUUCGUUCCGUUUGCCUUCAUUGUAAUCGAGGAGAAGUCGGGCGCCAUCGUCUUUGCGCGGAACGUCCUUGAACCCUCGCCAUCGACGAUGCCUAUGGGGCAAGCCCAGUCGCCUGCCACUCAGGGUGCAAGUGGGACGGGUUGCGGUCGUCCUGCAGUCCCGCAAUCUUGCCCGCACCCGACAUGUGGGCUACGCGGGUGA